GUUUUGUUAACCUACCAUGUUUUAUACAGCACGAAACAGGAGGUUAGCGAGCCGAGGGCUUGUGAAUGUCAGUACCUAUAGCUAAUUUUAACUGCAUGAUAUCUAGUGUCUUUGUCGCGGCGGGGACCAGUUUAAACAUGAUGUAAGGAAGUGCUGCGUGAUGCCAAUGGCUUAAGGUGCCGUGAUGCAAAAAUGGAAACAGAUUUAGCUUAAAACUAUGACUUGCUAAUGUUUAAAACCCAUCGUUAUGAGGUAAAAUAAUCCCAAGCAUCAGCGGAUAUUUAUAUUCUGACGGUAUAAUUUAGCAAGUGGAUACGAUGAUGCUUCAGGACGGUUCGACUCAGCUGCUUUGCCUCACAGCCACGAGCGGGGUUCCGCUUUUCACACGGGGCGCCUCCAGACAACUGCCGUUUUCUAUCAUCGGCUCUCUCAAUGGUGUUCACAUGUUUGGCGGUGGACAGGAGGUAGUGUUGUCCAGCUGUGAAACUGAAGGCGGGGGCAAAGUGGUGUGGAGGGUUUUCCACGACAGUGUGAUGCUCAUCGCUGUGAGUGGAAGUGGGCAUGGCGGUGCAGGCAGCGGGAAAGAGAAGGAAGCCCAUUUGCAGCGCCUACUGGAGAAUGUGUGGAACUGCAUGGUGCUGGUGCUGGGUGAGGAGGAGUUGGUCAACAUCCGGAAUGUUGAAAGGUUGAAAAGAGAUUUAAGGUCGUGUUUCAACCUCAUAGAUCAGCUGUUAGAGGAGAAGCAGGAGGGGAUCUUGGGUAACCUGACCCACUGUGCUGACUCAUUACUACCACCCAACCCUUCACUUGUUCAAGCAGCUGUGGAUGGGUUUACUCAGGCCGCGGACAGUGAGUUUGGUUGCCUCCUUGUUCAUGGGCGAAUGGUGUCAGCAACUGAAAAGUGGUGGCGACUGGCACCUCAGGAAAUUGUUCUGCUAGCUGCACUAAUGCGAACACUAUCAGCCUCUGGAUCAUCAUCCUGUGAUUACCCAGUUUUCCUUCCUCAUGGCAGUCCCACUGUGGCUCAUCGUCUCCUUCGCUUUCAGCUGCUCCCUGGAGCUGAUGUAUGUGUCCUGUGUGGUCCCACUCCUUCCCUGCAAAGAGCCCAAAGUGGACUGGUGGUCCGAUUUUGGGCACCACUAGCGGAGACCCUACGAGAAUGUCUGACUGUAGGAGGACGCUGUUUACCAGCAUCCGUAUCCCUGCACCCUGACGUGCUGGCAUUUCUGCUCAUCAAUCGUGAAACACGUCGGUCCAUCUCUUGUGUCCUGUGUUCUCACACUACUACUAAGCCCAGUGCUGCACCUGUACUCUCCAAUGGUCGCUGCUGGGAGCUGUUGAAGCUCUUCUACAACUUCAGCAUCACACGCUACUUCAGCCAGGAGGAGACGCUGUGCGCUUCUCAAGAUGAGAGUGCUCAGAGGAACACCACUGAAGAGUUUGUCCGUGGAUUUACACACCAGCCACUACAGUGUUACCUAGUGACAGAGGAGUGCAAAAGCUAUGGACUUCAAACAGCACAGCACCAACUCUUUCUGCUUGUGCCUCCAUCAGUCCCCACCUUUGCACUUCGCACAGUGGCCACACAGACCCUCACUGAUAUAGUCACAGCCACUGGGUUUUGAGUGUUUACUUUGCAGUGACACGUGGAACUUACCUAUUAUGCUGCUGUACCUUUGCUGCUGCUACUUAUGUAAUACUAACUGAACUAAGAUAACAGUUAUAAAAUCACAAAUAAAGCAAACUAUUUCUUUUACAGAAUUGUUUUAUUCAUUGAAAAGAUAACUAACUAAAAUUAUUGGAUUAGGCAAAUAUAAAAAAUAAUCUGAAUUUUUAACCAUGUGCAUUUAAAUGCAACCCAUUUUGAUUUAGUUUGAUGUAAUUAAAUGACUUCUGAGCACUUUUGAUCACUGGUCUCAGGUCUCUUAAUAGAAAAUAGUUAAAAUAGACUAUAAAAAUGUUAAUUUUAGUGUACACAUAUUUGCUGUUCCCCUUGUAAGGUUGUUCUCCAAAUGCUUAGUUUUUUUUUCCAAUCAUUUUUUUAUAAUAUCGAUGUUGGCCUGAAAAUAGCAAUGGACGCCACAGUGAAGUGAGUCAUUCUGAGAAAUAUGAAUAUAAGUGUACCAGGUAAUAUGACUUGGACUAAAUACCUUUCUUUACACCUAAAUGUGUUGCCUUUUAAGUCAUGAAUUUAACAUUAUUUCUUUGAUGUUGAUGUGCAUAAUAUAAGAGCCAAUAAUGACUAUUGUUGUAAUAUAUAUUUAAGACAAUACAUUUUCCAAUGUUUCUGCACUGAGCCAUUUCAACCGAAUAAAAAUGCAGCAUGUCUUCAAAAGGUUGGCCAGAAACACACAGAAUGGCAUUAUUUGACUGAAGAUUAACAUGCUCAUUUCUGUAAAGUUCAAGAUUUGUGAAUACGUUUGCUCUUAUUUCACAUACCUCCUGUACAGCCCAACUUUAAGUUUUUAAUUUGGUCCCCAGACCCAUGUCUCAGGUUUCCUAUCCCACGGUUUACAUACAAAAGGUG